CCCGCCAUGGAGCCGGGCAGUGUGGAGAACCUAUGUAUUGUGUACCGGAGCCAGGACUUCCUGGUGGUGAACAAGCACUGGGAUGUGCGCAUCGACAGCAAGACCUGGCGGGAGACGCUGACCCUCCAGAAGCAGCUGCGGCACCGCUUCCCCGAGCUGGCUGAUCCUGACACGUACUAUGGGUUCAGGUUCUGUCACCAGCUGGACUUCUCCACCAGCGGAGCGCUCUGUGUGGCCUUGAACAAGGCAGCCGCAGGCAGCGCUUACAAGUGCUUCAAGGAGCGUCGUGUCACCAAGGCCUACCUGGCUCUGGUGCGAGGACAUGUCCAGGAGAGCCAGAUGACCAUCACCUAUGCCAUCGGCAGGAACAGCACAGAGGGUCGGGCUCACACCAUGUGCAUCGAGGGCACACAGGGCUGUGAGAACCCGAAACCGAGCCUCACGGAGCUGGUGGUCCUGGAGCUUGGGCUGUAUGCAGGGGACCCCGUGUCCAAAGUGCUGCUGCGGCCUCUUACAGGCCGGACACACCAGCUGCGCGUGCACUGCAGUGCCCUCGGUCACCCCAUCGUGGGGGACCUGACGUACGGGCAGGCGUCAGGCGGGGAGGACCAGCCCUUCCGCAUGAUGCUGCACGCCUUCUACCUGCGCAUCCCCACACGCACCGAGUGUGUGGAGGUCUGCACCUCUGACCCCUUCGUGCCCACCCUUGACCCUUGCUGGAGCCCACACAGUCUGGUACAGCCGCUGGACCAGCUCAUCCAGGCCCUGCGAGCCGCCCCCAACCCGACAGAAGAGGGCCCUGGGCCCUGCAGUCCAUCCAUGCCCCUGCCUGGGUCGGGCCAGCCCCCAUCGCCCCCUGCCAAACCCCCCGAGACAGAGGCGCAGCAGGCCUCAUGCUUGCAGUGGCUGUCAGAGUGGGUGCUGGAGCCGGACCACUGAGAGCACCGGGCUGGGGUCGGGGCAGCAGGCUGAGACCCCUA